UCCGGCUUUAGGACCCAGACGACUUUCAAUCAUUUGAACGAAUGGCACCUGUUGCGUUCAAAGGGAAGCCGGGACGGAGGCCAGUGCUGCUGGUCGCGUGAAAUCGUCGCGCGCUUGGUGAACCAAAUAUCUCUAAAACGCGAAGUUACAGAGUAACAACAUCCGUCCAUCGACUCGCAGCUCAAACAAACAGUGUCUCGUUAGACGAGGAACCGCGUAUCUAUCUGCCUCUGGGAGAGGCACAUGAUUGACUGAAAUUAUUACAGUUAGUCAGAUCACAGGCGACGUGUCACAGUUUUGAAGUGUAUUUAUGCAAAGCUUCCAACGCCACCCAUUAAAUGUAGUGGGAGUGUGCGGUGAGCCACCUGCUGCCACGUGGAUCCUGCAGGGCGAAGGAAGGAUCAGGUGCAGAGGGUGUUUGUUGUCAGUUUGGUGAUUGAGAUUGGCCAACAGAAUGCGUCUGAGACGUCGUCUCUCCCCCCUGAAGCUUACUAUUCUGGGUGGCACACUUUUUAUGGUCAUUCUGGUGGUGCUCCAGAGGGACGUUGGCAGCGGCUCGCUUCAGGACCCCUGGCUACAAGAUCUCUCUAACAAAAAGGAGAGGGUAUUCGAGAUUGUCCGCGGGGCGGUUAAUAACUUGGCCUUCCAGAUCGGAGCCCCACAGCCCCCGUCGGUGGGAGUGCUGCCCACCCCGGACCGAAAUUGCCCCCCGGGUUUCUACACUCAGGCCGAUCUCAAACCGUGGAUUGAGAGACCUCCUCAGGACCCUCAAGCACCAGGAGCCAAUGGCGCAGCCUUCCAGAAAGCCAGCAUGACUGCGGAGGAGGAGAAGGAAAAGCAGGAGGGCAUGACCAGGCACUGCUUCAACCAGUUUGCCAGUGACCGAAUCUCCUUGCACCGCAGUCUUGGAGAUGACACCCGUCCACCCGAGUGUGUUGAGCGAAAGUUUCGCCGAUGUCCUUCACUCCCCACCACGAGUGUGAUCAUUGUGUUUCAUAACGAGGCAUGGUCAACACUUCUGCGCACCGUGUACAGUGUUCUGCACACCUCCCCAGCGGCCUUCCUCAAAGAAAUCAUACUGGUGGAUGACGCCAGCAUGGCAGAACACCUCCAUGAGAAGCUGGAGGAGUAUGUGAAGUCACUGAAUAUCGUGAAGGUAGUGCGUCAGCCGGAGAGGAAGGGCCUCAUCACCGCCAGGCUUCUCGGAGCCAGCAAAGCUCAGGGAGAAAUCCUCACCUUCCUAGAUGCUCACUGUGAGUGUUUCCCUGGCUGGCUCGAACCUCUUCUUGCUCGCAUUGUUGAGGAGCCCACUGCCGUGGUGAGCCCUGAGAUCACAACCAUUGAUUUAAACUCUUUCCAGUUCCACAAGCCCAUGGCGUCUGCCCGUGCCCAUAACAGAGGCAACUUUGACUGGAGUCUCGGAUUCGGCUGGGAGGCCAUUCCAGAUUACGAGAACGCUAAACGCAAAGAUGAGACGUACCCAGUAAAAACUCCAACAUUUGCCGGUGGUUUGUUCUCUAUAUCUAAGGCCUAUUUUGAGAAAAUUGGGACCUACGAUGACAAAAUGGAGAUAUGGGGUGGAGAAAAUAUCGAGAUGUCUUUCAGGGUGUGGCAGUGUGGCGGACAGUUGGAGAUAAUCCCCUGCUCUGUCGUGGGUCAUGUGUUCCGCACCAAGAGUCCUCACACCUUUCCCAAAGGUACAGAGGUCAUUACACGUAACCAGGUGCGCUUGGCUGAGGUGUGGAUGGAUGACUACAAACUGAUUUACUAUCGACGCAGCCAAAGUGCAGCUAAAAUGGCCGAAGAUAAAAACUACGGUGAUAUAUCUGACCGUUUGAAACUCCGAGAAACCUUGCAAUGCAAGAACUUUUCUUGGUACCUAACCAAUGUCUACCCAGAAGCCUUUGUCCCUGAUCUUACCCCUGUCAAGUUUGGAGCUCUCAAGAAUAGGGGAUCACAGCAAUGUCUGGAUGUUGGAGAAAGUAACAAUGGGGGAAAGCCUGUGAUUAUGUAUGUGUGUCACAACAUGGGCGGCAAUCAGUACUUUGAAUAUACAUCACAUAAUGAGCUGAGGCAUAACAUAGGGAAACAGCUCUGCCUGCACACGUCUCCUUACCCAGAGCCAGUGAAGAUUGAGCUCUGUACACUGAAGGGCAAAGGCAGCAGUUUGACUCCGGAACAAGAAUGGGUGUUCACAGAAGAGGAUCUGCUGAAGAAUCCAUCCUCUGGAAAGUGCCUCCAUAAGAAAGGAGACAAGAUAUUAAUGAGCCCCUGCGAUCCAGCAGACCAUCACCAGCAGUGGGCUUUCAGUUGACCUCACACUCCAAUCAAGGAGCAAAGACGUUCACUCCCAUAAGACACACGAGGGAGGGCCAGCAGCCACAGCUCAGGCUGACAAACUCACUGUAGGCCUGAGCGGAUGCACUGGGAGUGUAUUGGAUAGUUCAUAUCCAUAAGCUCCUAAAGACAUUAUGAUCAGACUGGGGUCAGGAUGCUCAGGGAAGACAGAGUGGAGAUCAUGCACAUCAACCCACUGGAGCAUCACAGAGUGAACAAUCCGGCAGCAAGAUUGUUUACUUGAUGCAAUGUAUUGCCUUAUUGAUGAUGUUUACUGCUGCUUUUAAAUGGUGUAGGUUUUAUUUAUUUUUAAAGAAAAGAAAAAUAUUUUUGGAACAUUGUUAGUGUUAAGGCCAAUGAACGGCCGGCCUUGCCAACAAUACAUGUGAUGUUUGUAUGAUCCCAAUCAU